AGUAACACCUGAUUCUUUUUGAGGUUAAAAUGACUGUAGCUGAUUAUAAUAUUGUUGUUAUAGGUUAAGAAAGAUUGUGUUGUGAAAGGUUAACUCUAAAUUUCCGUUUUAAACAAUAUUUGAGUAGUAAUUGUUAUCUGGUUGUACAUCUAGUGGAAUUUCAAAGUACAGUUUUGAACAGUGAUGUCUUCAUUAAAACAAAUCCAUCGUUACUCUUGGUGUAUUGCUCAAUUUUACAAAAAUAACCGAAAUAGGCCUAUAGCAAAUUAUCGUAGAAUAUCUUCAACUUGUCAUGAUACCUAUGAUGUUAUUGUUGUUGGGGGCGGUCAUGCAGGAACAGAAGCUUGUUCUGCUGCUGCUAGAAUGGGCUCAAAAACCCUUCUUAUCACACAUAAAUUGGAAACAAUAGGUGAAAUGUCUUGUAACCCAGCGUUUGGUGGCAUUGGCAAAGGUCAUCUCAUGAGAGAAAUUGACGCUUUAGAUGGAGUCUGUUGCCGUAUUUGUGACAAAUCUGGAAUCCAGUACAAGGUGCUGAACACUCGUAAGGGACCCGCUGUUUGGGGCCCGAGGGCGCAGAUUGACAGACAACUAUACAAGCAGAACAUACAGGAUGAACUGUUUAACAAAACACCCAACCUGGAGGUGAUGGUGGCUUCAGUGGAGGAUCUGCUUAUGGAGCAGCCUAAAGACCCAUUGCAUGAUUGUGUACUACAGCAGUGUGUCGGCGUAGUUCUAAACAAUGGACAGACGGUGAGGUCACGUUCUGUGAUCUUAACCACCGGAACAUUCCUGAAGGGCCAGAUUAACAUCGGACUGGACGUGCGGCCUGCUGGCAGGAUCGGAGAUGAGCCAGCUAUUGGAUUAGCUGACACUCUGGACAGGCUCGGCUUCCGCAUGGGCAGACUCAAGACUGGUACACCUCCACGGCUGGAUGGGCGAACCAUAGAUUACAGCAAGUGUGUACCCCAGUGUGGCGACGACCCGCCUGUGCCCUUCUCCUUCAUGAAUGAUCAAGUUUGGAUCAAGGCUGAAGACCAGAAGCUGUGUUACUUGACAGAAACGUCUCGCCAUGUUGAGAAGUUGGUGAAGGAUAAUCUGCACAAUAACCGGCACGUUACUGAAGGCAUCACCGGCCCUCGGUACUGUCCAAGCAUCGAGUCCAAGGCUCUCAGAUUUGGAGGCCGAUCGCACCAGAUAUGGCUGGAGCCUGAGGGGCUCACCACAGAUGUGGUUUACCCCAACGGUCUCUCCUGCACCUUGCCUGCCGAAAUUCAGGUGGAGUUGGUGCGGAGCAUCCGAGGUCUGGAACAUGCUGAGAUCCUUAGACCAGGUUAG